UCAGGACGCUGUACUUCACCCACCCCUCUGCAUUUAAAAGUUUAUUUUUUAUUUAUUUAUUUAUUUUUUACUUCUCCAUUGGCUGUUCCUAGUAGAAGUCACUUAGGGUUGUUUGAGUUCAGAACAGUUCCCAUUUUGGCCAAGGAGUGGGUGACGUGGGCGGCCUGUGCGUCCUCUGGUGUGGUGGCCUUCCCUCCUCCAACAGCGAGCCUAGUUUGGACCAGUAGUUUCACUUGGUGAAGGAGGCCAAGCCGCUCAUGGGCCCAGAGAGAAACGUCUCUGCCUUGGCGUGUAGCUCUGAGUCAACAGGCCUGAUAAAUAGCCCAUUUCCCAGGGCCAGCAAGGAACAAAGCCUCUGGCUGCUCUGGGAUUUGUCUGCCCCACUCCCCCUGAAACAGCUGUUUAUUCUUUUGACAGGAGUUGGACCACAGCACCUUCCCUUCCUCCCGGCCCUGCCUCCUUCUGCAGAACGGAGCUCCCUAGAACUUUGUUGUUUUGCCUUUUACUCUGGGGGGAGAGAAGCAGACGAUGAGGAGAAAAUAAUGAAUGUCAAAGGAAAAGUGAUUCUGUCAAUGCUGGUUGUCUCAACUGUAAUUGUUGUGUUUUGGGAGUAUAUCAACAGCUCAGAAGGCUCUUUCUUGUGGAUAUAUCACUCAAAAAACCCAGAACUUGGUAACAACGACAGUCAGAAGGGCUGGUGGUUUCCGAGCUGGUUUAACAAUGGGACCCGAGAGGAAGAAGACAUAGACAGAGAGAAGGAAGACAAUGAAGAAGAGCUUCAGCUGUCGGACUGGUUUAAUCCAGAGAACCGGCCAGGGGUGGUGACAGUGACUGGAUGGAAGGCGCCGGUGGUGUGGGAAGGCACUUACAACAGAGACAUCUUAGAAGAUUACUAUGACAAACAGAAGAUUACCGUGGGUCUGACGGUUUUUGCUAUCGGAAGAUACAUUGAGCACUACUUGGAGGAGUUCUUAACAUCUGCCAAUAGGCACUUCAUGGUUGGCCACAAAGUCAUCUUUUACAUCAUGAUGGAUGAUGUCUCCAGGUUGCCUUUGAUAGAGCUGGGUCCUCUGCGUUCCUUCAAAGUGUUUGAGGUCAAGCCUGAGAAGAGGUGGCAGGACAUCAGCAUGAUGCGCAUGAAGACCAUUGGGGAGCACAUUGUGGCCCACAUCCAGUACGAGGUCGACUUCCUCUUCUGCAUGGACGUGGACCAGGUCUUUCAAGACACCUUUGGGGUGGAGACCCUCGGCCAGUCAGUGGCUCAGCUACAGGCCUGGUGGUACAAGGCAGAUCCUCUUGACUUUACCUAUGAGAGACGGAAGGAGUCCGCAGCAUUCAUUCCGUAUGGCCAGGGGGAUUUUUAUUAUCACGCGGCCAUUUUUGGAGGAACACCCAUUCAGGUCCUAAACAUCACCCAGGAGUGCUUCAAGGGAAUCCUCCAGGACAAGAAAAAUGACAUAGAAGCUAAGUGGCAUGAUGAAAGCCACCUAAACAAGUAUUUCCUCCUUAACAAACCCACUAAAAUCUUAUCUCCAGAAUAUUGCUGGGAUUAUCAUAUAGGCCUGCCUUCAGAUAUUAAGACUGUCAAGUUAUCUUGGCAGACAAAAGAAUAUAAUUUGGUUAGAAAUAACAUCUGACUUUAAAUUGUUCCAGGAGGUUUCUUAAUUUGAGAGAGGAUUCUGGCCACUUCUUCAGAAAAGUAACACUUAAUUUUAACUUUAAAAAAAUACUAACAAAACACCAACCCAGCAAGUCCUACUAUUCUUCCUUGUAACUUUGAGCCUUGUAAUAUGGGAGAAUGAACCUCUGGUAAUCAGGUGUAAAUUCCCAAUAAUUUCUUAUCUAUUCUGGGUUUGGGGGAAAUACUAUCAGUUGAACUAAAAAAAUAAAAAUUGUUACAGGCCAAAAAAAAAAAAAAAAAAGCCAGAAACACUCUACACGUGCCAGGUAAAGUACUGGAGGAAAGGGUGCUGAGUUAAAGCAACGUAGGUUGCUUUGCAGCAAGAGAACUUGCAGUGAGGACGCAGCCUGCUUGGCAGUCCUCAGAUGGCUUCAGGAGCAGGUCGCGCCGGGCCGUCUGCAGUGCUUACCCUCUUCUCACAAUGUUGUUUGGCUUCUGUGCGAAAGACUGGUCGAGAUUCCCAGUGGGUGGAUAUCGUGGUGGCGAAUGUUCCGAGUCACAGGGAAUCUGAAGGAAGUGAAAACAAAGCCUCAAAGUGAGUUUGCCGUGAGGUAACAGAGUGGAAAGAGAGGGGACUGGUCGAGGUUGGGCAGUGCCACCUCGGAGGCCACAGGACGUGGACUGGCACUUAAAUAUAGCGUGGAUCCAGGCGCUGAAUGGGAGGGGGCGAUGUGGAUGGUCUCCAGCCUCCCUGAUCCCACGACACCCAGAGCAGAGGGGACUUGAAUGGAAGAUGCUUCUUUUGCCGUCACAGUCUGCCAGUCCUGCAGCUUGUCUUCAGGUCCUUGGCCAGAAGUGGGUGGUGUCAGAAAACAAAGGCCCACCGUGGAUUGAAGAGGCUUGCAAGGAGUUACAUUUUCCGGACCUGGGCUUCAUGACAACCAGUCAUCAGCAAGUCCUGCUGCCACCUGCUCUAACCCUCGGGGUCCCUCAGCCUGUCAUGCCCCGCUUGGAGGGCUGCCAUCAGGAGUGGAUUGGAGGAAAAGCCCUCCCAUCAAGUAACCUCAUUUUCCCCUGCCCCAUCUGCACUACUGAGGUGUAACAACCAGAUGCAUUUAAUAAAAUGGUUCAUUGAUUUUAUAUCAAAAGCAGAGGAUGGCAAUGGGAGACCCAGUCCUUAUAACUGAACAGCUUAACAUUCAAUUCCCUUCUCUAAGAGAAGUUAUGAAAUCCUACAUAUUAUUUAAAGUUAAGCAAUUCAAUGUAAAGGAAGUUAGGAGGGAACAUUUACAUAUUUAUAUUUUGCUUGUGUUCCAGUUAAAGUAAUUUGUUUCCUUUUUUAAGCAUUUUAUUUGAAGAAUCAUUGCUCUGGCUUGACGUUCAGCACAGUGGGCUUCUCUGAUAAAAAUGAAACCUACGUUUUUCUCUACUAUUGUACUGUGCCUCCUACUCUUCACUUCUUGCCAAAAAAAUGUCACAAUCCAGCAAAACAAAACCAAGAAAAAUCCUGAAGUGGACUUUUAAAAGAAAAAGGAGAUCAUACAUCAGUUAGGACACUUGCUUCUCUGUAACUCAAGUUUUCUGGAAUAUACUCUGGAGUAGGGGAAGUUAAUGGUUUAAGUCCUGAACCAAAGAAAUGAUCUAUCCUGAAAGAUUAAAGGACUCAUGUUUACAUUUGAAGGACUCUUGAUUUUUUUUUUUUAUUCAUUUAAAUUUCAAGUGGACAAACUCAAGAUCUCAUGAAUAGUUAUUCUUAAACAUUUAAAAAAAAAUAAAAUUCCUGAUUUACAAUUAAAUAAAUUAUUUUCUCAGUAUA